UCACUAUAGGAACUAGGACUCUAUCUAGGAGAGGAGAAAAGACAACUUUUAUACUAACUGCAGUGUGUAGCGCGUCGAUCGCGAAUCGUGAGAAUUUGGAACGACGCAGUUUAAUGAGCGCGAAAGAAUAGCUAAAUGACAUUAGUUUAAUACGCAAUUAAGUACAUUGUGUUAUACAUCACGCAGUUAGGUAUCGUUCGAGUGCUCACCAAACAAGCUUUCCAUAUCAGUUACUACGGCGUAGACUCGCCCGAGGUGAAACUCAUCCUCACAAAGGAUAAACAAUAAAAAAAAACAAGUCACGUAUAUGCGUAUACAUAGCGCGUCGAGUGCACAUCGCAGUUGAAGGUCAAAGUACCUAUAUAGGAUAUUAUCAUCCAGUGUGUGUGUAGCAAGUGCAUUUAUAUCAUAUAAAACGAAAGGAGCCGCAGUUCGUAGCGGGCCAGCGCCCAGGAGCCUCCUCUUUUUUUGACGUUCACUGACAUAAGCAGUCAAUUUAUACUUCUCUGUAUCCGCGCCACUCUCGACCGCUAUCCAGUAUCCACUCUCUCUCUCUCUCUCUCUGUAUACAAAAAAAAAAAAAGUCAAGAGAGACGGCCAUUUAUUUAUCCAUCGGUGUCUUAAUAUAUAUUAUUUCGGGUGUGUGAGAUAUAUACUUUGGAAAAAUUAUUAAUAAUGUUUGCGAUCAUGGAUUGUAUUCUGCUACAGCAGUCGAUCUAAUGUACGGAUCAUUAUACCUAUGUUUAUUUGAAUUUUGUGUGUUUUGUUAAUUGUUCGCUCGGCGUCAUUCGUCUCCACCGUUGUUCUUUGUGUGUUAUCAUCGGCUCUUUCUCCCUCAUUCGCUCAUUCCUUCGUGCGUACGUGUAUGUGUGUGUAUAUAAGCACACUUUUCUCUCGUAAGAGUUCAUUAUACCUAUAUGUACUCGUUGCGGCGUCCUAGGAUAUAUAGGUGGUGUGUGUAUACAGUAGACUGGAGUUGUUGAUACGUAACGGAGCUCUUACGCAGAGGCGACUCCGAAAUUUCUUUGUGUCUGCAUAAUAUUAUCACCCGUGCCGGAGUGAGUGGCCCCCAGUUAUUGAGAGUGUACUUACUUUAAUUAUAGAUAUAUUUAUUUAGGUACUCAAAGUACAAGUGCUAACGCAGCGAAGAGAAGAGCCUUGGCUGCGAUUCAGUGGCCAAAAAUAAAGUACAUCAAGCAUAUACCGAUAUACCCCAAAGUGACGGACGGGUACAAGCCUGUGCGGGUGUGCGUGCGGAUACGUGUGUGUGUGUGCAGUGUUGUGUGUUAGCCGAGUGCUAAUUCAAAGUUUUAAUCAACAAACAAAACUCUGCCAGACUCUGUGUGGUAGAUUGUGUUUUCUUCAUUGCGACGGGCAAUAAAUUUCCAAGUAUUUAUUAUCAUCGCUUGGCUUUGUUUUUGCCAAACACUCGAUCCACUUGCCUUGUGAUGUACCCUCAAGACAACGUUAAAGGAGCUACAUUUGAGCAUUCGAUCAAUUUUGUACAUUCGAAAAGAAAAGGUAUUUUCAUACACAAAACGAGAAUGAGUAAGGACCCCACGACAUUGCAAAGUUGUCAGAGUUGUUAUCUUCUUCGUCGCUAUUGAAUGAGCGUAAGGGCCAUCACCCAAUUGGAAAAAAGUUUUAAGCCAAGGAUACCAUCCAAGGCUAUUGUUGUUGUUGUUUGCCCUCAUUCACAAGCUGUACGUGAAAUCGGAAGCAGUUGCAAAGCCUCCUGUCUAAUACAUUUUUUCCGUGUCCUGUGAGGAAAAAGUAGCAAACAUGAAACUGUUGGAGAGUACGCGCUUCGAAGCGAUCAACAAUGCUUUGUCAAUAACAACUGGUGACAGCAAAAUCAUUGGAAGGAUUGAGAGCUAUUCAUGUAAAAUGGCCGGAAACGAUAAGCAGCUUUACAAGCGCUUUAAUGCAGAGCAAGGAGUUUCUCCGCACGAUUUUCAAGCAUUAUCUCCACCUCAAACAUCUCUUGGUACAUCACCAGCACAAAGUCACUACAGCCGUAGUAUUUCCGGUGAUGAAGAAGGACCACUGUGUGAUACAAUAAGUCGAAAAACUUUGUUUUAUUUGAUUGCAACUCUGAAUUCAGCAUUUUCUCCGGAUUACGAUUUUUCCGAUGCAAAAAGUCACGAGUUUAGCAAAGAGCCUAGUUUACAGUGGGUCAUGAAUGCUGUUGACAGCAAUUUAAGCGCCACAGUGGGAGAUCAUUAUCGUACCCUGCGAGCUGCGCUAUGGGCUACCAUUGAAGAUGAAAUAUCCAUGAAUGAAUGUGAUAUCUACAGUUACAAUCCUGAUUUGGCAUCUGAUCCAUUCGGAGAAGACGGAUGUUUGUGGUCAUUUAAUUAUUUUUUUUACAAUAAGAAGCUCAAAAGAAUUGUUUUUUUCACCUGCAGAGCAAUAAACCCACUUUAUGCACUAGAUUCUGGUAUUGGUAGUGAUUUCCCUAUGGAUGAAGAUGAUGAAGAUACUUAUUAAGUAAAAUAACAAUAUCGAAAAUCGUCAAAUUAAUUGAAUAUUGAAUUGCUCCAUCAUUCAUAGUACUAGUUUAUCAAUGUAUCAUAAAAUUAAAUAUUUUUCAUUUUUUUCAAAAAUGCCGGGAGAAUCGAAAAUUAGAUUAUAUGUAAAAAAAAGACUAAUAUAUAAAUUUUGAAACUAGUACGAAAAAGUUUAUUAAAUUAUAUUAAAUAAUUA